AUGGCUACUGAAGUUGCACAUAAAGAAAACGUGGACCAUGUUGAGAAUGUGUCCCACGCAGAGAAUGCUUUCCUUGAAUGUGCCGAGAUUCAAGAGCCUACUAGUCUCACAGAGGAGAAGCGCCUCGUACGCAAGAUAGAUUGGAUCAUUCUACCCUGUCUAGCAGUGUCUUACAUCUUCUUUUAUAUUGACAAAACUACACUUUCGUAUGCCGCAAUCUUCGGAAUUCAAGACAACCUACAGCUUGUCGGUAAUCAGUAUAGCUGGCUAUCUUCGAUCUUCUAUUUUGGCUUCUUGGCUUGGCAAUUACCGACCAAUCUUCUGAUGCAACGACUUCCCACCGCGACCUACAUGGGCAUCAACAUUAUUGCAUGGGGCGUCCUCCUUGUCCUACAAGCCGUUUCGCCAAACUUCGCCACACUCGCCGUGCUCCGGGGGCUUAGUGGUGCUGCAGAGGCCUGUGCAGAUCCUUCUUUCAUGAUCAUCACCAGCAUGUGGUACAAAAGAAGCGAACAACCUAUUCGAAUCGGAAUCUGGUACUCGGCCCUCGGAUUGGGCAUUGCAGGUGGCGGUGUGCUUGGUUAUGGAAUCGGCCAAAUCAAAGGCUCGCUUCCCAGUUGGAAAUAUGAAUUCAUUAUCAUUGGGGCUUUGUGUGUUGCAUGGGGAAUCGUCAUGCUCGUAGUCCUUCCUAAUUCACCCAUCAACACUCGCUAUCUUACGCCAGCACAGCGAACGAUCAUGAUUAACCGGCUGCGAGAGAAUCAGACCGGAAUCGAGAACCGACAAUUCAAGCUCUAUCAGUUCCUUGAAGCUAUCACUGAUGUCAAAGUUCUUCUUUUCUUUUUGAUCGCCUUUUUCCAGGCGAUUGUCAAUGGCGGAGUCACCAAUUUUGGUACAAUCAUCAUCCAAGGAUUUGGAUUCUCAACUCUGGGCACCACAUUGCUCCAAAUACCAUACGGGAUCUUCAUCUCCGUAGUCAUUCUAGUCUGUGUCUGGGUCAACGCCAAAAUGCCCCCGAACAGCAGAUGCCUCAUGCUUCUGGUCUUCCUGGCACCUAAUAUUGCCGCUGCCUUUGGCCUUCGCUUCGUGCCUCAAAGUGCCAAAGUUGGCCGUCUCAUAUGUUACUACCUGACAGGCUCCUAUAACGCGUCGUUCGUGAUGCUUCUAUCAUUGACUACUACGAAUAUAGCAGGACAUACGAAAAAGGUGACGUCUAGUGGUAUCCUUUUUAUUGGUUACUGCGCGGGGAAUAUUGCUGGUCCCUUUUUCUACAAAGAACAUCAGAAACCCACUUACUCGCUUGGGAUAUGGAGCAUGGUUGUUUCGCACCUUUUGGAGGUUGUGUGUGUGGUCUUGCUAUGGAUUCAUUUGAGGGCUGAGAAUAAAAGAAGGGAUGCGAGUCAAAUAGUCAACGGAGAUGCUUCCAGCUCGAAACAUUUGGCGGAGGCAUUGGAGGACAUGACUGAUAAAGAGAACUCGAAUUUCCGUUAUGUGUUCUAG